AUGGAUAUUGUGCUGGAGGACAUAGAAGACUGGUCGGAGAUGAAAGGUUUUACUCAAGAGUUACAGCUUAGAGGAGGAGAAGUUUUGCAGCAGAAUACCCAACAUAACUUGGAUAUAUUAUCGGUUGUCUGUAAUAGUGAGAAAGAGGCAUAUGAAAUUUACUGCCAUUACGCGCACAAUGUUAGUUUUAGUGUUCGCAAAGAUCAUCACUGUUACUGGCCUAAUUUGAGAAAGAUAAGGAUCAAAGAUUUUGUAUGUUCGAAAGCUGGAUUUAAGAAGGGCAUUGACUUGAACGCCAAAUUAAAAUACCGGAAAUCCAAUACUAGGACUGGGUGUCCCGCAAUGAUUAGAUUUUAUGUUGACCAUGGUGGGGAAUGGAAGGUUCAAAAAUGCAUUGAGAGCUACAAUCAUGAGUUAGCAAGGCCCGAAGAUCAACAUUUACUGAGAUCAUACAGGAAUAUUAGCGAAGAGAAAGCAUUCGUUCUUAAAUCAAUGAUGGAUGCCGAGAUUAGAACUAUUGAUGCAUUUACAUACUUAGCUGAUGAAGUCGGUGGAAGGGGGUAUGUACGUUUUUCCAAAAGAGAUGCAUAUAACUUUGUUCAGAAAGGGAAAAGAGGCAAGAUUGAGACUGUGGACACCAAUUCCCUAAUUGAACUUUUUAAAGAUCGAGCAAAUAGUGAUAACAUGUUUGCUUGGGAAGUCCAAUAUGAUGAAGAGGACAGAUUGAUGAAUUUUUUCUAG